CAUAGGUCGUUGUUAUUAUUGCCAUUUCGCGGGAAAUUUGUCUUGUGUACAGGUGGAAAAUUGAGUCCUAGCAAUAAGUUUUUUUUACAGAUUCAUAUCUUUUAAUUUUUAAAAACAUGGGUAACGAAGGAUCUAGUCAAUCUCAAGCUCAAUCUGAACCAAUCCCAAACACGGUCAAUAUAGACUGGGAUCUGCGAGACCCAGAUCAAAACGACGACCUGUGUAGCUCAAGAGAUGGUCACACAGCGUGUGCAGUCGGUGCCUGCGUGUACGUGUUUGGUGGUGUUCUUGGUUCGUCAACAAAUAGUAUGCCCGUGGAAUCAAAUGAUCUAUUCGAAUACAAUGUCGAUUUGAAAAAGUGGAGGAAAAUUGACGCUAAAGGAGAAAUCCCUAAACCCCGAUCUGGUUCAACUAUGGUUUCUGUGGAAAAUAAACUUUACUUGUUUGGUGGCCUAAGUCAAAAUGUUGGUUGGUUUGAUGACCUGAGUGUUUUCAACAUAGAAACUGAAAUAUGGAACAAAAUUACAGCAGCUACUGGAGCAGCACCAAGCCCCAGAGAUAAAUUGACAUCAGUUGCCAUCAACAAAGUGCUUUAUUUCUUUGGUGGAUUUGGACCUCAUGCUGCUGGAGAUGACUCAUCACAGGAUUCUCAGGAUGAGGAAUGGGAAGAUAUGGAAGAUCAGCAACCGAGAGGCCCAAGUGCAAACUUUGGCUGGUUUGAUGAUGUUUACUCCUUUGACACAGAGGCAAACAAAUGGGAAUUGGCAACACCUAUCAAACUUCAUGCUCCCUCGCCUCGGGCUGCUCACAGCAUGUGCUCAGUUGGAGACAAAAUCAUCAUUUUUGGUGGAAGGGACUGCGAAGCUCGAAGGAAUGACAUGUUCAUGCUUGAUACAACUGAGAAGAAAUGGUUACCUAUUAAUGGCCAGGGAUCUACUCCAGCUCCACGUUCCUUCCAUUCCAUGGUAGCCGUCGGUAAACGGGUUGUGGUAUUCGGAGGUCGCAGUCAAAGCAACCAGCAUUUUAACGAUUGUCAUAUAUUUGAUACAGAAACCAUUGAGUGGCUUCAGCCGACAAGUAAAGGGAGUUUGCCAGAGGCGAGAGGAUCUCACACUCUAACUAACGUUGGUGAAACUCUGGUUUUGUUUGGAGGUACUUCCGAAUUUGACACAGAGACGAUGCAAUGCAAAAAAUAUCAUUCUGAUGUGUGCCUAUUGAAGACAGUGGACAUUCUUUCUGGGGCUGCAAUACCAAAAGAGGAAAAGGAGUAUGAAAAGGCUGUUGAUAAUAUACAAUCAGGAAAACAGCCAGAAUUUCCAACUAAGACUACAGAGCAAAAAGCUGAAGGUGAUACCCCAAAUGGUCAAGAGGUCUGAAAUGAUUUGAAUCAAAUCAGAUUAAUAUAAGUUUUUGUUUUGCCAGUGGAAUUUCAAAUGCCAAUUUCGACUCCGUUCAUCAAUGGGACCAGUCCAUAGAAAAAUCUAUUGAAUUAAAAUAAAUAAAUUUGCAUUUUGUAUUUUUUUUUUUUUAUGUAUGUAAUUAUUAUCAACCUUUUAUACUAUUUAUGUACAGAAUAUUGUAUAUAAAUGUCAAUGAAUAAAUACUUGUAUGUACAUGCAAUCUAGUAAUGUAAUGCUAAAAAGA